AGCAGACGCAGUCGCCUCAUUAAUCUGCGGGCUUCAUGGCUGCAGGAUGGACCCUCAUCAGCACCACCAGCAUCUUUUCUUCUUGCUGCCACCGGGGACCGUUAAGUCAGGCAGAAACCGAGGCUUUUCCGCGAUGCACAGCUGCCACCUGCCCAAAUGCGCAGCUCUGAGGGCUCCUAGUGUCCCUCUCUAGAGAGAGCCGUGGAGACGUUGGACAUUCCUUUGCACAUCGAUGUCUCUAACUCCGAGUCGAAAGCCCUCCUCAGGUCAGCGCAGGCGCUCGGUGGGAACUAGUGGCGGCAGCGGGCGAUAUUCCCACAGCGACACAUCAAGUACUCACACCUACCCUGGUCGAGUUAGGCCACCAGAGGGCAGUCCUACAGCCCGGACUUAUCCCAGUACCCCCAGACGUCAGGUGAAGCACACAGCUUGCAGCGACAACCAUGGGAUCAGGCCCCCAACCCCAGAGCAGUACCUUACACCCCUUCAACAGAAGGAGGUGUGUAUACGACACCUGCGAGCCAGACUGAGGGAAAAUGUGGAAAGGCUACAGCACAGGGACUGUGAAAUAGAUGAGUUAAGGGCACAGCUGUACAGGAUGCAGGAAGACUGGAUAGAAGAGGAAUGCCACCGUGUCGAGGCCCAGUUAGCCCUAAAAGAGGCCCGCAAGGAGAUCCAGCAUCUCCAGGAGGUGGUUGAGUCGGUAAGGUCCAACCUGGGUGUACGGCAACAAGACUCCCAUGACCACAAGCCAUUCUCAGGGUUGCAGGGAGGUCGGCCAGGUGGGAAGUCUCGCUCCUGUGGAUGUUCCCCAGCCAGCACUUUAACCCGCAGCGCCGGCCACUCCAGACUGAGCAGCGAGGCUCUGCAGCUGGAGCGCGGCUCAAGUGCUCCCGAGCCAAGCGGAGCAUCGCAAACAGCAGGACAAACUCACCUGCUCCUGGACGCGGCCCUGCUGUCAGAGCAGCUGCCGGCACAGAGCCACAUCCGAGGCCCCCCAGCUGUGCCACGCUCUUCCACCUAUGAAAGGUUGUGCAGCGGUGGGGCUGUGUUGCCAAUCUCACACUCCUGCCACACUCUCAGUAGCAGCUGCAGGUGCAGUGGACACACCUACCUCCCCCACCAUCACUUGUUUCUGCACUUACCUCAGGAGGAGGCCCCAGUUACAGCUGCUGCAGUCCCGGUUACGGCUGCUGCAGUACCGGUUACAGCUGCUGCAGUCCCGGUUACAGCUGCUGCAGUCCCGGUUACGGCUGCUGCAGUCUCUGCUACUGAGUCUAACCCCAUUCCUGUUCCUGCAGCAGAGAAGAAACCAGAGGUCCGCUCCCAGGCCUGCAGCCCCACCAUGACCUGGCUUUGUGAAGAAAGCAGUGCAGAAGGCCCAAGUGUAAUUUCUUUAGUCUCAGCAGACAUAACGCCAUCAGAACAACAACGAUUUCCAUCAUCUUUACCUCCUCUAUCCCUUCCUCAGUAUAUUUACAAUGCAGAGCCAUCAGAACCGGACAAACCAGCGGGACCUCAGACCUGCCAGCCCCACCCUAUAGCUCCACUACCAGUUAAGCAGGAAGCUACAGUAGUGGAGAUAGAAGAAGAUAAUAAGGAUGAAAAUGGAGGAGCUGGUGAAGAAGGUCAUUCCGCUCAGCGGUGCCACUGGAGCCGGUACUUCCUAGUAGAUCUCUUGGCUUUGGCAGUGCCGGUGGUUCCAACCAUGGCAUGGCUGUGCCGAGGAGCACCACAGGAGGUCAUGCCGGUGUACCACAUCGGGUCCUUGCUGAGAGGUUGCUGUGCUGUGGCUCUCCAUUCACUUCGACGUCAGGGUGCAGGCAGGGGCCGCAGACCCGCCAGCAUGAACGGAACAACAUCAAUCUGAAACUUUCAGCCACGUUUGGCAUUAAGAAAAGACUCCAAACCUCUCCAGGCACAACACUGACUUUACUUUAAAACAUUUCAGUCUCAACCUCGCAUUGGAUAUCAAAACUUAUAAGAUUUUUAGAGUCUGUGAUCAUGCUUUGCCUUAGAGAACAAAAGAUUAGUUGUACAUCAAAUACUUUCCUUACUGAUAUAGUCUGUAUUUACUGCUACUGCCUGCACUUUAAGUGGUUUUCUCUUUAUUGCGGUUUGCAUGUAACCCACAGUUUGUUUGGACUCUUGCUUGCAUUAAAAAGCCCCUUCAGUAUGCGAUGCCUUCAGAGCAACAAUGUACACAUUAUGAAAAUAAGAGAAAUAGUGUGUGACUGAAUGCUUCUCUAAUUUCAUCAUCACAUUUUCUAAAUUGUUCACAGAGAAUGUGAGAGUCACAGUCAUGAAAUUCCUUUGGCAUCACUGAUGCCUCACCAAAGCAGAAAAGUACGUUAGAGUCAGCUCUUUUGUGACGUGUUCAGAAGCAGUUAAUAAACAGGGCACACAGGGUGUGGGUGCAAAAGAGAGGAAAAGCAUUCGUUUUUGUAUCACAAACAAGGAAAAAAGGUUUUGGACUUUCUGAGAAGCAAAGAUGUGAACUGACUCUAGUGAGAGUGAAACAGACAGAUGGAUGAUUUUUUUUUUAAAUUCCUACAACAUAAGGAAAACUGUAUAGACUCCAUUUCAAUCCUGCUGGGACACAUGAAUAAGGAAGAGCAUCCGUGACCAAGGAUAGAGAAGCAGAAAUCUGCAGCUUAAUACAAGGUUAUUUUACAUAAUGGAGAUAAUGUAAAGGUCUAAAUUGUGAAAAAUACUUUUAUAAGGACAACAUUUAUUACAUUUUGGAUCUUAAAGCUAACUAGCGUAGUGUGUGUGCGUGUGUGUGUGUGUGAAAGAGAGAGAGUCUGAUUUGCUCCAUCCUUUAACGCACACUCAGAUCAUUUAUCUACAUUGUAUCUUAAGGAGAUAAAGAGGGAAAGUUGGAGAUUUAGUCACCGGUGAUCCACACAGAUGAAUGGCGUGAGUCGCGAGAGCACUUUAGUGAAUUUGUAAAGAGAUAACAGUUUGAUACAGGUAUAUAUUUUCUGAUUUUACAUGAAGAAAAAAGAAAAAGAAAAGAUGUCUGCACAGCUGCUAGAAAGAAUUAACAUAAUUAUUUUUGGCAUCAACUGUGGCUUCUUUCACUGUACUGCAGUCAAGCCUAAUGCAGUGUAUCAGUGUUUGAGCAUUAAUGUUAUAAUGUAUCUAUUUCAAGUGGCCCUUUGAUGUGACUCAAUUGUAAUCACAAACUAUGACGUGCUGUAAAUGUAGUUACCGAUUUCAGCCUUAUUAUGCAAAAAGAACAAAGGUUUGGCUUUCAGGGAUCCUUCCAGUGAGGUUUUUGAGAAGUUUAAUCAGAGGUUCAGCGUGAGGAAGAAGCAGACGAUUUUACUGUAUAAUAAAGUCUGUUGGAGCAGCGCACAAUGUUGUCUUCAAAUUUCACGCUAUUCGUUUUUGGUUGACUUUUGUUCCGAAGCAACAGUAUUUCCUUUAUGUAUUUGUAUUUGCUCAGUGUCACUUCAGUCAUUAGAAACAGCCAAAUAUUGCAAAAAAAUACUGUUUCCUUUGUUCUUGGAAAUAAAACAUGCUUCUGUUUUCUAUUUUCUUUUGUUAGUGAGACAUAAUAAUAUGAAUUAUUAAGGCGAGACAUUACAGGCAGAAACACUUUUUGCUCCAUUGCAUUAUCUAUGCAAAUGAAUGCAUAUUAGAUAAUACAUCAGCUCAUCUGCAUAUUUAAAUAUAAAAUUUCGGGAAAUGUGCAAUGCCAAACCUUUUUUAUGUCAAUAAUUAUUAGGGGAACUUUCAUAGUAACUUACCUCUUAAGGUUUUACAAGAACAUUUUUACAAUGUAUAUCUUUAAAGGUUGCUUUGAUUUUUUUCCCUCACAUAUUCUGAGCCUGAUGCAUUCACCUAACAGGUGAAAAAAUCCCCAGUUCAGUCCUGGGAGGACACAGAAAUCCCUUUGUAGUUGCAGCAUUAAAGGGCACCCGGCAUAAAAACUGCCAAACCAAACGUGGAGCUACCUGCUGUGGCGACCCCUUGUGAAUAAGGGAACAGCCCAAAGUAGCUUCUGUAUUCUGAGCCUAGAAAUCUCCAUUUAAGUAGCACUUACAUUCUUUAAAAUCCCCAGCUCGAUUCUGUGUUAUAUUAUUGAAGUUUCUAAAGAUUUAUAAAUAUAUCAAUCUGAUUCCUGAAAACAUGGUGAAAAGGUCAUUUUUUUCUGUCUGGAGAAACAAGAAAAUAUAUCAAAAAUAUGCUGUGUAAAGAAUCUUUUGAUUAAUUUGUCAAUAAAAUGAAACAAGAAUAUUCCAACAACCACAAAAACAAUGGAAACAAAAAAAAUUGAUGCCACAUUAGAAAGAGAAUGAAACUAACUCAAAGUUUGGAAUACAGAAAAAACAAUAAUUUUAUUUUUUUUUAAGACCAUUAGAAAAACCAACAAACACAAAUAUAGCUCUGUAAAAAGCAGCCAUCAAAAACUGAGCUUUGUCCAAUUUUUGCUCAAAAAAAAAAAAAAAAAAAAAAAAAAAAAGUGAAUAUUUUAAUAAAACUAAGACUUAGAAAGUAUUACACUCAAUAUUCCUUACUUAAGAUUAAUUGGGGGAAAUAACACGGUGGUAUUUUAUACCCUGUUCACCUGUAGAGUCUCACCUUAUUCAUGCAUCAGUGCAAAGCCCCAGUAACAGGCCUAGAAGCCAGUUGACAAAUUAAAGAAUCCUGCAGCAUCCAUUGAAAAGCUGAAUUUAACAUUUUUAUACCCUACGUGGUUGCAUCAGAGAAUGCACAUUUUUCCCUAACAACUGCUGGUUGCCAGGGUCACUGGGCCUGUUUGACUGUGGCUUAAAAUGACCAAAAAAAGGGCUAUGAAGUGACACAGAAUAACUCUGAGGAGAAAUAAACAUCAUUUUACUUAAAAAUCACUCUUUAAUGUAUUCGAAUAAGCCAUUCCUAGAGGAAAAUUUUUCCCCUUUAGCUGUGGAUAUUAAAGCAAGCAGGUAUAUUUGGCUCAUAAAUUAAGACCAUCUUACAGGUCCUCUAACGCUCUUCAGGAAAACGUUUGAUUUUUGAUCCCCUGAUUAUGACAUGCUCUGGGCAUUUUUGUAUUUUAGAGUACAUAACAAAAGUAAUUCAUAAAAAUAUUGUGUCAAACAAUUUAUUCUUAUUUUGAAUCAAGACAAUUCAUUACCCGCAAUCAAUACGAUUUUAUUGUAAAGGCCACAAAGCCACAGGAAUGAGACUCAUUCAGUAUUUAUGACACUUAAAACAUGGUCCUGGUGGCAGACGCAUUUAGUCAGUCAAACAGCGGCAAUAAAGUCAAUUUGAAGUCAAAAAAAAAAAAAA